AUGGAAAGAAGUCUUGGUUCUUCUCUUGAACUAGAAAGUGAAGGAAGAAUGAAAGGAAAUGAUGUUGUACGAUGGCUUGAAGAACAUCCUCCGUUGUUUGAUGGCAAGGGUAUGGAACUAGAUGCAGAUAAUUGGUUAGAGCGCUUGGAGAAAAUUUUCAGUGUAAUCAGCUGUACCAAGGAACAAAAGGUAGAAUUUACAGCGUAUAACUUGGCGAAUGUGGCCAAUGGGUGGUGGAAGGCCACUCGCGGAUUUAUUCAGCAGGAAUUGAGUGAAGCUACCCCUAUAUCAUGGAAUAAAUUUAAAGAGGCAUUUAAUGACCGGUUCUUUCCUUUAUCCAUUCGAGAGGCCAAGGCUCGAGAGUUUGCUGACUUGAAACAAGGUACAAUGACAGUGAGAUAG